AUGCAUGCGCAAGACAUAACAUGCAUGGCAGCGGUUGCGUUCGCCCCGAACGAGCCUCUUAAGCUCUGCACGGUGGUGGUUGCGCCUCCCAAGGCGGGAGAAGUUCGCGUGCGUGUUUGCUACGCUGCACCCUGCCACACGGAUGAGUAUACCCGGAGUGGGAAAGACAUAGAGGGCCGCUUUCCCUGCAUUCUUGGUCACGAGGCAUCUGGCAUUGUUGAGGCUGUCGGCGAAGGCGUGGAAACGUGCAGCGUUGGCGAUCAUGUUAUUCUUUGUUACCAAGUCUGCCUUUUGGGCUGUGGAGUCGCAACAGGCCUUGGCGCGGUCUGGAAUACAGCAAAGGUUCAGAAAGGAGACACUGUGGCCGUCUUUGGUGCAGGCGCGGUUGGCUUAUCGUGCAUAGAGGGCAGCCGUAUUGCCGAAGCCUCCCGCAUAAUUGCUGUUGAUCGCAACCGACAGCGGGCUUUGCAGGCCUUCCAAUUUGGUGCUACCGACUUCCUCUGCCCCUUGGACUUCCCAGAGCAGUCUCUUCAAGACGUCAUCUUACAAAAGUUUGACGGAGGCGUCGACUUUUCUUUCGAGUGUACUGGAAGCGUGUCUGUAAUGCGAUCUGCCUUUGAAUGCACGAAGAAGGGCUGGGGAGUCUCUGUCGUCCUUGGCGUAGCAGGACAGGGCGAAGAGCUGUCAACGAGGCCUUUCAACCUUAUCGUUGGACGGCAGUGGAGAGGGGCUGCCUACGGCGGCUGGCAAAGCCGCACUGAUAUGUCCAAACUUGUCGAGCUUCAUAGGUCCAAGCAAAUUGAGUCAGGGCAAUCGAGCGCAGGACCCUUGCAUUCAUCGCCUCCUCCUACGACCGUGCACACUGUCAGCGAGUUGCCUGCUUCGCUGUACAAAACGUCUAUCACGUGUGUGGUUCUCAUGCACUUGGGGUGUGUAUAUGCACAGCCUGAAUCGCUACGUGACGCAUCGACUGACUUUGGAGAGAAUUGA